AUGAAAUUCGAGGAAUUGAGGCUGAUGAAAGGAAAUUAGUCAAAAAACCAUAUAUUUCACCAAUUCUUUUAAAUGCAAUUCAAGGAGAAACCGAAGAAAAACUUGAUGAUAAAGUAAAUAAUCUACAACAACAAAUGAAAGAAAUGAGGGAGAUGCUUAAUGCAAUAAAGAAUAAAAUUGAGCA